AUGUGGCUGAUGCUGCUGGUUGAGUACCUAUUUGCUCGUCUACCCUAUCAUGACCAGUUCCUUACGGUAGCAGCGGGCACAACAUCCAACAAUCGCCCGCGAGGUCGACUGCGACUCCACGGUGAUGACGAUCUGCCUCGCGUUGAUGUCCUGGUACCAUGUUGCGGAGAGCCAGUGGAAGUAGUCAUGGACACAAUCCGGGCAGCUUGUACGAUGGACUAUCCUGUUACCCAAUUUCGAGUACUUCUCCUCGAUGAUGGUGCCUCCACAGUGUUGCAGAGCGCGGUGACAGAUGCGCGCUCACAAUGGCCCCAUUUAUCCUACCAUUCGCGCGGCAAGCAGUCAGGUCGCGUGUUCGCGAAGGCCGGAAAUCUGAACUAUGCGCUCUUUUCCGUACAGAACGACGAUCCGCCACAGUUCUGUGCCGUCCUGGACGCCGACUGCAUGCCGACAGCGGAUUAUCUUCGGGCGACACUGCCGCAUUUGCUGCGUGAUCCCCAGGCUGCGUUGCUGACGACGAGGCAGUACUAUUACAACCUGCCCACAGGGGACCCCCUGCAACAAUCUCGCGUGCAUUUCUACACAUGUCACAACGCGGAGUUAGACCGAAUGGGAAGCGCCCUAGAUGCUGGAUCCGGUGCUAUCUUCCGGCGAGAGAUUGUUGUUGAUCUUGGCGGAUACCCAACCUUCUCCUUUUCCGAAGACUGGCAAUUAUCCCUCAUACUAAGGGGCCUCGGCCAUCGCAUCAUCCAAGUACUGGAGCCAUUGCAACUGGGAUUGGUGCCCUCAUCGCUGGAUGGACAUAUCUCUCAGAGAAACCGAUGGCAGAUCGGUCAUUCCCAGCAGCCUUCUGUCUUAUUCCCUUCAGCUAAUCAAUCCAUUCCCAAGCACCUGCAAUGGAGCAUCACACUCGGGGGGUUGUCAAUUGUCUUUGGUUUGCUGGGAUAUGUUGUCGGAUUUGCAGCCGUCCCGGUUCUUUUGAUCUCGAGGCGUGUAAUUCCUACUACAUCGCCAUUCUUUGUCAAAGUACAGGUAUUUUCGGCCGUGCUAUAUUUGUCCCUGACCUGGAUCCACGCCCUGAUCCAAUCUGCGCACGCUGGGUUUCGAAUCCCACCAUUUGCUCAUCUUGAGAACAGUUGGCUGUCAGGUGCUCAUGUAUGGGCGAUUAUUCGAUUCCAUCUCUUCUCCAGCAAACCAAAAGGAUCCUUUGUCACAGGAAGCAGUGAUAAUUCAUGGAAUCGCACCACAUCGCUACCUUUCUACCACAAGCUGCGUCGAGAUCUUCUAUAUAAUGGAGUUCUUCUCAACCUUAUCCUGUUCUGUGCCAUCUUGGGCUUGUUUGGGUGGUCAACAUAUGCUGUCGCACCGCUGGCUGCUGCGCAGCGGGUGCCAAUCGAACUGCUGGCAACAGUUGCAUGGCCACCGCUCCUUCACAUCGGGUAUCUGGUUCUUAGCAAUCUGUGGGUGCCUAUCAGAUGCUUUCUCGACCCUCCAAAGUAUCCCGAGCGAAAAUCCCGGAUGGCAUUGACAGAUAGUGGGAUCUUUUUUCCUUGUUCUACUGUCAAGAUGCAACUCUUUCACCACAAAUAUCCGCCUCUCGGCCCUUACAACUGCUAUGCCAUGGUUCCCAUUGUCUUAAUUGGAAUUUUUGUGGCAGCAUAUGUGCUCUGA